AUGAGAAGCACAAUUAAACCUUUACCAUAAAUUAAUAACAGACCAUCAAUUGAUGAGGAGGAUUCUUAUCCUGGGCGACUUCACACUAUUUAGAGAAAGUUGAAAUUUGGAAGCAACACCUAUAUCAUUAGUAGUAAUACUACUGUUUCAGAAUCUUUAAAUAAAAAAUAGAAAUAAACUCCUGUGACUGAAUCAUAGUUAUUAAGACAAAUUGAUACAAAACUAGAAAUGCAUAAGAAAGACAUAGAAUAGAGAAACGAUAUGAUUAUUUCAAUUGAGAAAGGCUUUGAGUCAAUGAAAUAAGAGUUAGUUAAAGAAAAAAUCUAAAAUGAAGAGAAAUCCAAAUAACUCUAAGAAUUAUAGGCUAGCUAUUAAGCAAUAUAAUUAAGAUUAAAGUAGGCAGGAGAUUCAUCUAGAGUAAAUUUACAAGCUGAAAAAGAUAAAGAGAAAAUUAAUUCGUUAGAAAUUAGCAUUAAAUAAGCUUAGGCAAAAGAAUAAGAAUUAUUACAAUAAAUAGAAUCAUUGAACUAAUAAAUAUCUCAAUAUUAAGAAAAAUUAAAAAGCAAAGAAGAAAGUAAUGAAGAAUUUAAGAGAUUAAAAGAUCAACUGCAUAAAGCUGAAGUAUUAAUUGAUGUUAAUAUUUAAGGAUUUGUAAAGUAAAAUGGAACAUUAAAUUACUGACAUCUAAAAAAAUAUCGAGAAGGAAGUUAAUGAAAAAAACAAUAUAAAAAAAUAAUACGAUUAAUAUAGGAAUGAUAGUCAAUUAAAAGAAUAGACUUUGAAUAAAGAGAUAUCAGCAUCAUUGAUAUAAAUCAAAUAAUUAGAAUAAGAAAAGCUUGCAAUUAUGGAGAAUCUAAAGAAAUCUAAAGAUUAGAAUGAUCAAAAUUCUAAAUUAAACGAGUAGAUAUUAAGUUUGAAACUAUAACUAUCAGAAUUAUCUAAAACAAAAGAUGUAUGAUUAUUAACUAUGUAGAAAGAAAUUAGUUAAUUGAGACAAAAAAUCGAUGAAUAAUCCAAAAAUUCUAUAGAAUUAAAUAGUCAACUUGAAAAAUUAAAGCAAAAACAACAAGAAUUAUAAUAAUAGUUACAGGAUAAAUUAUAAUAAUUAGAAUCAUUAAGAAAUCAAAAAUAAUUGCUAGACCAACAAAAUCAAAAUAAUUAAUCUGAAAUUAAUAAUUUGAAUACGCAAUUAGAUUCUUUGAAGGAGCAGUUAUCCAAACCAAAAAAUACAAAAUAAAUUAUAGACACAAUUACAUUAUUAGAAAAAACUGAUGUAUAAUAUUCUUAUUAAUAUUUCUUAGAAAGAUAUAUAAAAGAAUUUAUCAUGUACCUUUUGUAACAAAUUCAUCAAGUAACCUGUUACUAUAAUUCCAUGUGGGCAUUCUUAUUGUUUUGAAUGCAAAAAAGGAUAUAAUAAAGAAUGUUUUAAAUGUGGACCUAAAUUAAAAAUUGAAGCAAUGUAUAGAAAUGAAUUACUUGAUGAUAUUAUUGCAAUGGUUAAAUUAAUUGAAUAAAGCAUCAACAGUAUGAAAUAAGUUACUAAAUAAUGA